CCGCCAGAUGGCAGCCUGCCAUUCUCAUCCCAUUUUCUCCGUCCUUCACAUCUCCUGAAACAUCUCAAGCAAAUGGUCCAUACCAAUGCAUUCCAUCCUCCCAUUGCCUCCCAUUCCACAGCACAUGGUAUCUAGUUAAGCCGCCAUGUUACCCCAUGCUACGGAUCCCAUGAAUUUUUAUCGACAUAGACAUAGUUACGGUUAUACGGGAUAUUACGGGGUUCACAAGUCGAACGGCGAACGCUCCAGCGCGAGCAAAAUCCUGUCAAAUGUAGCUUAUCACGUGAAACAGUACUAUUCUCGCAUAAAAUACACGCUUCAUUCUUUUGUCUCAGCUUGACCGUUAACCAAUCGGGUCGUAUAAUUCAAGGCCCGUCUUACGGCACACUUCGAUACCCUGGAUACAUCUACCAGUGUGACUUAAUGUUACCUGCGUUACCUGCCUGCCUCUCUCUACGCUCUUAUCGUAGCGACGAGUUUCCUAUGUACUUGCGAUGCGUGCUGCUACGGACUAUAGUUAAUCAAUAUCAAAUGUAACAAACGUGAGUGAAAUGGGGAGUGCUUGGUGGCAAUGCACUGCGUGCCUCAGAACGCAGGAGGAAGAUGUCUGCGAGUUGCAGCUCAAUCACUGCAAUCUUUAUGACGUACCACCUGAUGUGUUCAUUUAUGAAAGAACACUGGAGAAAUUGUAUCUUGAUGCCAACAGGAUAAAGGAUUUGCCAAGGCCGUUAUUUCAGUGUCAUGAACUGCGUGUGCUAUCCUUAAGUGAUAAUGAAGUCAGCACACUACCACCUGCUAUUGCUUCGUUGAUUAACUUGGAAUAUUUAGAUCUCAGUAAAAAUAGUAUAAAGGAGUUACCAGAUAGCAUAAAGGAAUGCAAGAACCUUCGCUCUAUAGAUAUCAGUGUUAAUCCAUUUGAACGUUUUCCUGAUGCCAUCACGCACAUAGUCGGAUUAAGAGAGUUAUACAUAAAUGAUGCUUAUAUCGAGUACUUGCCAGCUAAUUUUGGAAGACUAUCAGCACUAAGGACUUUGGAGCUUCGAGAGAACAACAUGAUGACCUUACCAAAAAGUAUGAGCAGGUUGGUAAACCUUCAGAGAUUGGACAUAGGCAAUAAUGAUUUCACCGAAUUGCCUGAAGUUGUUGGUGACCUGACUAAUCUGACGGAACUUUGGAUUGAUGGCAAUGAGAUCCGCAGAAUACCAGUGAAUAUAGAACAGCUAGUUAGACUUAAUCAUUUCGACUGUACAAUGAAUGCAGUGCAAGUGAUUCCAUCGGAAAUUCGAGGAUGGCGUGACAUAUCUAUAAUGAAUUUUUCGACCAAUGAAAUCUGUCAACUUCCGGAUAGUCUCUGCUACUUACGCACAGUAGUAACGCUCAAGAUCGAUGACAAUCAAUUGAACACACUGCCCGACGACAUUGGCCAAAUGUCGAGCUUGGAGGAGCUUAUAGUUACUAAGAAUUUCCUAGAGUAUUUGCCAUCGUCAUUAGGUCUCCUCCGGAAGCUACACUGCUUGAACGCCGACAAUAAUUACCUGCGAUGCCUUCCACCGGAAAUCGGAAGCUGUACCGCCCUGUCUCUUCUCUCGUUGCGCUCUAAUAAUCUCACAAACAUCCCACCUGAACUGGGUCAUCUUGGAUCCUUACGAGUUCUCAAUCUCGUUAACAAUUGCAUCAAGUUCUUGCCUGUCUCUAUGCUUAAUUUGACAAACCUGAAGGCAUUGUGGCUGAGCGAUAAUCAAAGUCAACCCUUGGUACCCUUGCAGCAGGACUUCAAUUCCGAGGAAGACAUUAUGGUCCUGAGUUGUUUCAUGCUACCUCAAAAACCACGACAAGACCUUGAACAAAUGGACCAACCGGUGGGCCCAAUCUCAGGCUCUGUUGUUGGGACUGGAAGAAGAAUAUGUUUCGCUGCUGAGGUAGAGUCUGAACUACCUAGGCAGCUUCAUCGCGCACCUACACCUUACCCUAAGGAACUACGAAAUCUUGCCAGGCAUGCUCGAAAUCUUCAUCAUCAGACUCAUCAGGCUCACGAUCAGAGACAGACCCACCUGGAACGCGAAACGACGAUAAAGGAAGCCGUCGUUGCCAAAGCAACGGCUGUUCUUGGUGUUCCGUCGACGCCAGGAAUCUUGCCGCAACAUAAUCAAAGCAAUAAGAAUUCUCCCUACGGAGGAGUAACGCCUGAUGAUCAUCACGGUACCAAGUACUAUAAUAACAAUGGUUCGUUCGAUCCGAACGUGGAGCUGGUAAACUCGGACGACUCCUUCGACGAAGCAAACAAGACAGUGAUAGCAAAAGAGAAGAGUCCUGAUAUCAGGGAAGCCAAGUGUAUCAGGAAUCCGAGCUCUGAUUAUCUGGUGAAGCAGCCCACUGUGGCGGACUAUGUAAAUUCCACGUGGAAACCGGAUGAGUACUCCAAGACUAAUAUGGCGAAGAUCGUGGAGUCUGAGAAGCUCGUUGAGCCCUACAAAGGACAAAACGUCAUCGCCGAGGUUAAAGUUCCCGAUGUACCAACCUUACCGCCCGUUCCGCCACCGUAUCACAUAGCCGCCGCGUUCUCGAAGAAGGCUGCACUCUUCCAGCAACUCAAUCACGGUCAAGGAUCACCACCAUCUAUCACGGACAAAGGAGUAAAACUUUCUCAGGAUGUGACAGAUUCAUCCCAGUCACCUCCUGCUGAGAAACUCCUUCUGGAUUCAUCAAAUCCUGAGGGCGAUCGUUCCUUCAAACCAAGCAGGAUUCCAGUUCUACGUGGAAAACACUUGGACGGUUCGAUUUCUGAUAACGAGUCGCAAGAGAGGUGCAUCGAUUCAUCGGAGGACUUCGACAGGUUGAAGAUAUUAAGUACUACAAGCAUCCCUACAUCUCCCGUCACCGGCAAGAAAUACAGGAGUCCAUUGUCCUUGCAGCCGAGACUCUCCGAUCGUAGUAAGAGAAUACUCAACAGUUCAAACGGUUCCAACGGUUCGAGUUCCUCCAACCUGGAUACGUUUCACGAUCCAAAGGACACAUUCACCGGGAAAGAGAAUUGUGAGAGUUCCUCAAAUAGAACUUCACAUGCCAACGGUUCACCAGUAGGGGUCAAAGUUCAAAGUGGAAGUAAUUCCGGGAGGAGUACGCCGGUCUCUAUCCAGAGUAAAGGACUGUCUGCUCCAAAUGUCUCUCGGAACGUAAAGUCAAAAAUCCCUACCUGGAGUGAUUCACCGAGUCCGGAGAGUAAACCCAGGAUCAAGUGGAUGUUUGGACCGCACAAAAAUGCGAACGUAUUGCCGGUUCGCGUUAGGAAAAAUCCAGGACUGGGUUUCAGUAUCGCCGGCGGCGUGGCAGGAGCCGAAACGGGUAUCAUUGUGACUAAGGUGAAUCCAGAUGGUCCAGCCCAGGGCACUCUACGACCUGGAGACAAGAUCCUCGAGGUUGAUGGUAUCGAUUUCACCAAGGCGGAUCAUGACAACGCAGUAGCUGUACUGAGAUCAACCGGGGCGGUGGUAUCGAUGAUGAUUAGCAGGCACCAAUGACAUCGUCGCGAUUCUCGCACAUCAAAGAGCAGCGUAUCCUAGACUGAGUAGCGUACUAUAUCGACGUAUUUUUUAUUCCAUUCGAGUAUUUGACGGUGUGUGCGGAACUGCACGCAGUUAUGCCUGAAAGAGCUUGUGGGACAGGUCAUCUUCCGGUCCCGACAGGCAUCUGGAACCAGUGAUGUUAUUUAUUUCUCUUUUUUUUUUUCAACCACAACCCAAUCGUUUACCAAAAUGUACGAGGGCACGGUGAUCCACGUGGGUUUCGCAUUAUUUUUCAAAAUUCGAAAUUUCUUUCGAAGAUAUAUUCACUCUCCUUUAAUCGCGGUAGCUGACAAUGUGCCAGAAACAAAAACACUAUUUAUUAAUCGUAUAUAUACAUAAAUAUAUAUAUUAUUAUAUAUAUAUAUAUAAAGUUUAUAUGACGUAGUUAUAUGCUGUCGCGUAGCAAAAGAAAGAGAAAGAACGACGAGAAAGAUAUUCUUCUAUGUGCCGUACCUUUUUAUCAAUCAACGUUAAUUAUAACGUCGAUGCGUCGUGAUUUGCAAUCACGUGACAGGUUGUGUCUUCGAGAAUUAUCUGUCGGACAAUUGCCACUGAUUACUGUAACACAAUUCUUCUCUUCUUUGCGUUUAAAGAAAAAUAUUUUUUUUUUAAUAUCUUUAUUUCGUUUGCUCAAAUACUCUAACGUUAGUUAUAAGCCUUGAAACGUUACUUCUCAUUUGGUCGCGUUCCCCUACCCAUGCCAUUUUUCCUCAAACGUCUAGCUUUAAUAUUUAUUUAAAUAGUAGCCAUUAUGAAGUGUGCGCACAGAAGUACGUUUCACGAAGCACAAAGGCAUUGAUGUCUGAAAACCGAUACGCUUCCUUUUUGCAUUUAUCAAAUUCUCAACUUGAUAUGAGAAUCCUUGAUACUCUUCUCUCUUCUAUUCUUCUUUUUUCUACACUUAUUCUUUUGUUCUUCUAUUCUUACGCGAUGAAUGAUUUUCAGCUGAAUUUUCUUCCUCCUGUAAGGUCUCUGAUGAUCUUUAGCAAUUAAUCCUCCUUAUGAGGCUCGCAAGGCGGCUAACAAAAUGGAAACAGGGAACAGGAGCAAAACUUCAAAAACAUUUAUCAUCCUCGCACCGCGCGUGUUUUGCACCGGUCUUUUAUAUAUUUCUUUUUGAAUACUAUUUUAAUGGUACUUGGGUCUCAUUGUCACUGUGAUCGUCAUCAUUAUCCAGUACCAAUCGUCAUAACUUCGUCAUUGCUACCUAUUACUAUACCAUUUACUAUUGCUAUAAGGCACUCGCGCACUGUUCUAACCCAAAACAGACUGACUACUUUUUGAAAACUUUGUAUUUACGUAGGAUUACUUGUUGAUAUAAAUAAGAUGAGUGAGGAAACGAGAAAGCAUUUAAGCAAUCAAUAAAAAGGUUGUAAAGUGA